CGGGAAACCCGGCCCCGCCCACUCCGCCCCCUCCCACCGCGACGCGCUGACGUAACUUCCCGCGCGCCAGCCGGUCCCAAGAUGGCGGCGGGCAGCCGGUGGCUCCGGAGCUGCUGUUCCCUGCUCAGACAAAGCUUCCCGGCCCUGGCGGGUGUGAGGAGCCGCUGCCUGAGCGGGCGGUGGCAGCGGAUGGCGGGCGUGGGGUUUGGAGUCGCCUUGUGCGCAGUGCCGGUGGCCGAGAAGCAGAACCCAAUUUCUCUCAGUAACGAUGCCUUGAUUAAAAGAGCGGUUUCUUUGGUAACAGACAGCACUUCUACGCUCCUCUCUCAAACCACGUACGCACUGAUUGAAGCAUUGACCGAGUACACAAAGGCAGUUUAUACGCUGGUGUCUCUCUACAAGCAAUACGCAAAUCUCCUCGGGAAGAUGAACUCGGAAGAGGUGGAUGCCAUCUGGCAGGUGGUCAUAGGAGCCAGAGUUGAUGUGACAACAAAGCAGCAGGAAUACCUCAGGCUGGAGUCCAGCUGGAUGACAGCGUUACGUCUGUCAGAGAUGGCAGCAGAAGCCGCGUAUCAAUCAGGUGCAGACCAAGCCUCAGUCACAGCCCGCAGCCACAUUCAGCUGGUGAAAUCGCAGGUGCAAGAGGUGCGACAGCUGUCCCAGAAAGCAGAGACCAAGUUAGCUGAAGCACAAACAGAAGAGCUCAUAAAAGCUCAAGGGGACGAUUCGUCGUUGCCACAGGGUGUUCUAGGAAACACAGAGACAGCUGAGGACCCUUAUCUUCGAGAGGACUGAAAAGAGCUUAAAUGUCCCUGAACAAUAUGUGAGAGUCAGUAGCAAAUUGAAGGGUCCCAAACUUUUAACUGUGUGAUGGUGGGAAACUGCUGCAAUAAGCCUAUGAUUCCAUUUUUUUCCCCAAACAGGAUUGCUUUACAAGUUACUUCCAAGUUUCUGAAAGGCCUUGAUCUUGUUUGUAACUUAUCAAGUUUGUAAUACCUAUGGAUUCAAUUAUUUAAAUGUUUAACUAUGCAAAUGUGAAAAGUGCUAUUGAGGAUAGCUUGUUGUUAAUUGUCUCUCUGCUGGGAGGGUCCUACUGCUCGUCUGAUGUGGUUGUGAGAGUUCUCUAACUUAGAGGGUAACUUGGUAUCAGCCAAAGAAUUGUGGUUCAAAAGUCAUUCUUUUUAACGUGUGCAGUAAAUUAUGUCUUUAGGAGAUACCUUCAUUAAACUGUGCAAAAACA